UAUAAUCAAGCUUUCAUGAACACACAGUUGAUGCGUGCAUCACUGAGCAAGUGCACAUCACUGAGCAAGUAGUCUUCAGUUGUGACUACCCCUCUCUACUCCCAGCUAGCUAUGGCUAUAGUGAGCUGCUCAACUCCUCAGUUUGAUCACCCUAAGAUUACCAUCAAAAACCAUGGAGCUACUGUCACCAUUCUCUAUUCAACGAUUGCUUUCACUCCUACAACAAUCAAGCUGUGCUUAUCUGUGUAGCUGCAGGCAAACUGUUCUCAACAGUGAUUACGCAUACCUGUGUAUAAUCAUGGAGCUAUAGCUCCAUGGUAUAAUCAAGUAUUUCUAGAGGCGUGAGUGGAAACUGGGGGACUCGGAUAGUUGAAGACUUGCUUGUUGCCGGGUCGGUCAGGACAGGCAGCAUUUGUGCGCGUGUGUGUGUGUGUGUGUGUGUGUGUGUGUCACCGUGAGGGAUCGUAAAUCAAGGGUACUAUUUUAUGCCAAGUGCAAUCGAUUAGCCACCAAAAGGAUCUAAUGCCACCCGCGAAUGCACAGCCACGAGUUUCCGGACGCUCUAUACUGCCCUCGUGGUGCAGGGUGAGACGCCAUCGUUGUCGUAACGGCUACAACCUCAUGAUGACGGCGCAGGGAAUAAUUAGCCGGCCGUUAUUUGUGCCUUGUACCUCGGCGUUGGUCAUGGCGUUGAAGGGCCAAGCACAAAGUGUGGUGGACAUGGUCAUGGUUGAUUCCCGCAAGACUUUGAAGGAUGUGUUAGAGGAGUUCCAUGGAAACGGCGUCCUCUCCAAGUAUAACCCAGAACAGCCAAUCAACUAUGAAGGCUUCAAGUUGUUCAUGGAGACCUAUCUGGACGUGGACAUGCCUGAGGACCUCUGUAGGCAUCUCUUCUUAUCGUUUGUCAAGAAGACCCCCGUUGCGCCAGUAGUACCUCAUUAUGACACCCUUAAGGGUAAGGAAAUGCUGGAUGUGACCAGCAUGAUGGCAGCUGCCACAACGCAAACUGCCUGCGCACCCAUCUGUACGGGUGCGGGCAGCGCCGCAGUGCCGGUUGAGAAAAGCGCAGCAGCGGCGACAACUACAACGACAACAUCGCCCUCAACUACCAAAAGCCAUACAGGCGGUGACAACACAACUACCACAACCACCACCACUACUACUACUACUGAACAGGGGACUACAGAUAAUGCAAGCCCCGCCCAGUCACGCAGUUCGUCCAAAAAGUCCAAUGCCUCAAAUGGCACUCCAUCUAGCCAUUCCACUACUCACGCUAUACAAGCUCAGGCAGAUAGCCCUAACAAGGAAACUACAGUGUCAAACAACAGGAAAAAGAAAGAUAAAGAAGUCAAACACAACAGGUUUUUCUUUUCAUACCGGAAAAAGAGGAAAAAGCGAGGCAAAUAUUCAGGCAAAGAAGAUGCACAGACCUUCCCCGGUAUGGGCGGGGCCAGCUAUCCAGAUGUAGCUGACCAGGUGGUGUACAUGAAGGAUAUCGUCUGCUAUCUGUCCCUGCUUGAAGGAGGCAAACCAGAGGAUAAACUAGAAUUUAUGUUCCGGUUGUAUGACACAGAUGACAAUGGCAUACUAGAUAGCAGUGAGCUUGAUUGCAUUGUCAACCAAAUGAUGCAUGUUGCAGAGUAUCUCGGCUGGGAUGUAACAGAGUUAAGACCAAUUCUUCAAGACAUGAUGAUCGAGAUCGAUUACGAUUCUGAUGGAACGGUAUCUCUUGAGGAGUGGAUACGCGGAGGAAUGACCACAAUACCUCUACUUGUUCUGCUUGGUUUAGACACAAAUGUUAAAGAUGACGGAAAUCAUGUUUGGCGAUUGAAGCAUUUCAGCAAGCCAGCUUACUGUAAUCUCUGCCUAAAUCUCCUGGUUGGCGUGGGCAAGCAAGGCCUCACAUGUACCUUCUGUAGAUAUACAGUCCACGAACGAUGUGUACAAAGAGCUCCAGCUAGCUGCAUUAGUACCUAUGUCAAGUCAAAACGAACAUCAAAUACUGCCACUGCACGACAACAAUGCCUAUCAAAACGAGAUGCCGAGGUUUGGGGGGAAGUACCGGUGAUGAACCACCACUGGGUGGAGGGAAACUGUCAUGGAAAAUGUGAUCGCUGCAAGAAAUCUAUUAAGAGCUAUGGUGUAACUGGUCUUCAUUGUCGUUGGUGUAAGAUCAGGCUGCACAACAAGUGUGCGUCAUUAGUCAAACCAGAGUGCAACAUGGGAGAAUUUAGAGACCACAUCCUACCCCCUACUGCCAUCUGCCCAGCUGUUCUGGGUCGGGUUAAUUCUGUCCGAAAAUCAACUCAUGGCAAGUCUGCAUCAGCCAAUAUUGAGGAGAGAAGGAGUACCCUAACCCCUAAAGACAGUAACACAUCUGAAGAUGAAGGACCAAAGAAACUUGUAACGAGGACAGAUUCAAUGUCAAUGGAAGGUCAAGGGUUACAGAUCACUCCACUCCCAGGCUCUCAUCCUUUAGUUGUUUUUAUCAACCCUAAAAGUGGGGGUCGACAAGGAGAACGGAUUAUGCGCAAAUUCCAGUACCUACUCAAUCCACGUCAGGUGUAUGACCUCAGUAAAGGCGGCCCUAUGCCUGGAUUAAAAUUUUUCAAAGAUGUGAAGGAUUUCCGGGUACUCUGUUGUGGUGGGGAUGGAACAGUAGGCUGGGUACUAGACUGUAUCGACAAACUGGGAUUUGAACCUCGACCCCCUGUUGCUAUCCUACCUCUGGGAACUGGAAAUGAUCUUGCUAGAUGUCUCAACUGGGGAGGAGGAUUUGAUGGGGGUAGCCUAACAAGUAUUCUCAACGACAUGCAAGUUGCGGAGGACAUGUUCCUUGAUCGAUGGCAUAUUGAGUUUAGUACGACCAGUACGGAUGAGCAGGGUGAUCCUGUGCCCUAUAACAUCAUCAACAACUAUUUCUCAAUUGGAGUGGAUGCAUCUAUUGCCCACCGAUUCCACACCAUGAGAGAGAAACACCCCGAGAGAUUCAACAGUCGAAUGAAGAAUAAACUCUGGUACUUUGAGUUUGGUACGUCGGAAACAUUUGCAGCUACUUGCAAGAAUCUUCACGAGGACAUUGACAUUAUGUGCGAUGGAGUGUCUCUGGAUCUUGCCAACGGUCCGUCUCUGGAAGGAAUCGCUGUUUUAAACAUCCCCAGUAUCUAUGGUGGGUCCAACCUCUGGGGAGACACACCAAGCGGGAAGAAACGCAAACGCCUCGCUAAGAAAGCUCAGAAGAGACGAGAGAGUGAAGGGCACUCUGCAAUUAGCGGAACACAAUCGGGCAUCGACCUCACCCUCGCUAAACAAUCUAUUGGUGACAAACUGAUAGAAGUGAUCGGUUUGGAGAGUGCUCUGCACGCUGGACAGGUGAAAGCUGGAAUUCGCUCCUCGGGUCGUCGGCUGGCUCAGUGUUCUACAGUUACUAUCCGAAUAUUAAAGCGAUUUCCAAUGCAGAUUGAUGGAGAACCAUGGUUGCAGCCACCUUGCACGAUUGCAAUCACCCACAAGAAUAGCACCCCAAUGCUCUAUGGACCCCCACCAAAAAGGAGCUUUCCAGGACUUCGUAGUCUCUUUACACGACCAAGCAUAUCCGAAGAAGAUCCUAGUGACACUCGGAUUUAGCAAUUGUGACAUCAUUGACCAAUCAGUCUCGCUAAAGAAAGGACGAACUGGACUGACAAAGUAUGACAAGCAACAACAGUAAGGACAACAUCAAUGCCGACCAAAUACUCUUGGGCCCAAUUUCAUAGAACUACUUAUACAGGAAAGAUUGAACGCCAUUUUGUGGAGUCAAAUUUUUUGACUCCACAAAAUGGCCGUCCGUGUUACUUCGCAAAGUAAAAGGAA